AUGUCUGAUUACGGCGACGACGGUUUCAACGACAACACCAACGAACAGUACGAGGACUUUGACCAGCCGGAACACUAUUCCGACUUGGAAAACUUUGACGAGCCAGUAGUGGAGGGUGCUGAAGACGACAUUACCGUCGAUGGCCGUCAGAUCAUCACCGGUGGAUUCGGGCACGAGGACAUCCCAACUGGUGCUUCCACCAAGAAGUCUGUCAAGCAGCUUGCAAUCCCGAGAGAGGAUAGAACCACCACCCCAUAUAUGACCAAGUACGAAAGAGCCAGAAUCUUGGGGACCAGAGCCUUGCAGAUCAGUAUGAACGCGCCAGUAUUGGUCGAUCUCGAGGGCGAGACCGAUCCGUUGGCCAUCGCCAUGAAGGAGUUGGCUCAGAGAAAGAUCCCGCUUGUUAUCAGAAGAUACUUGCCAGACAGCUCCUACGAGGACUGGGGCUGCGACGAGUUGAUUGUGGACAACUAAACCGCAUAGAAGAGCACGCUCUUUGCCACUGUACAUUAUCGCUUUUGGGUGCUAGAUAAAUAAUGAAAUAAAAUGUAUUUGUUCUGAGAGUUAUCCGGUGUUGGAGAACAUCAGUGGGUUUUGUAAAGCUUUUUAUCUCCG